AUCAAAUGGCUCAGAAAAGCAAGAUUUUGAUAAUUGGAGGCACAGGCUACAUAGGAAAAUUCAUAGUGGAAGCAAGCGCAAAGGCUGGUCAUCCCACCAUUGUUCUGGUCAGAGAGAGCACAGUCUCUGAUCCUGUUAAGGGAAAACUUGUUGAGAAUUUCAAGAACUUGGGUGUCACUUUGCUCCACGGAGAUCUUCACGACCAUGGGAACUUGGUGAAAGCAAUUAAGCAAGUGGACGUGGUGAUAUCAACCGUGGGUCACGGGCAAUUACAAGAUGAGUUCAAGAUCAUUGAUGCCAUUAAAGAAGCUGGUAACGUUAAGGUUCAGAAAGAGAGAGAGACAGAUUCUAUUUGUUGUUUUGUUUUUCAGAGAUUCUACCCAUCUGAAUUCGGAAAUGAUGUGGACCGUGUCCAUGCUGUGGAGCCAGCGAAGAGUGCAUUUGCUGCCAAGGCCAAAAUCCGACGUGCCAUUGAGGCUGAAGGCAUUCCCUACACUUAUGUCUCGUCCAACUAUUUUGCUGACUAUUUUCUUCCUACCUUGGCGCAGCCAGGAGCCACUACUCCUCCUAGAGACAAAGUCAUUAUCCCCGGAGAUGGAAAUCCCAAGGCAAUUUUUAACAAGGAAAGUGACAUUGGAACCUAUACCAUCAGAUCUGUGGAUGAUCCAAGAGCAUUGAACAAGAUACUCUAUCUCAAGCCUCCCGGAAACAUUUACUCACUCAAUGAGCUUGUUGCCCUUUGGGAGAAGAAGAUUGGAAAAACUGUAGAGAAAAUCUAUAUUCCGGAGGAAAAGUUUUUGGAGGACAUCAAAGAGGCCCCAUUUCCAAUCAAUGGGAAAUUGUCAGUCUUCUACUCAGUCUUUGUGAAGGGUGAUCACACUAACUUUGAAAUUGAGCCAUCAUUUGGUGUGGAGGCUUCCCAGCUAUACCCAGAUGUCAAUUACACAUCUGUGGAAGAAUGCCUCAACCAAUUUGUUUGAAAA